AGUUCCCGUUUAAUGCCUCGGGCGCUGCCAACGAGGGGUUUUCCCAGCCAGGACCACCAGGGGGACCGGGCUGGAGGCACCGGUGUGAGCCGGAGCCCCCGGCACCGGCGUCCCGACCCCUCGGGGUGGCGGUCACUUGGGUUCAAAGUCAUCCCACGGCUCCAUCCCGUCGUCCCUCCCCGAGCCUCUCGCUGGGUCCUCGUUGCAGGGGGGCGGCUGGAUAUAAACCCCCGUCGGCUCACACAGCCCAGCGUGUGUGUCCCGCGUCCCAGCCAAGCCAAGGGACAACCACAGCCCCGCCAGGGCUGUAAUUCGCAGGUUUAUAUAUAGCGGAGCCGCAGCCGGGGGCUAUAUAAGGGGCGGCCCCGCGCCGCUGCCGCAGCCGGGCUGGUGCAGCCGGAGAGCCGCGGGCUGCCCCUCGCCGUGGCCAUGGACACCUCGUACCCGCGGGAGGACGAUCGCAAGCGGGAGCCGUCCCCCGCCGGCAGGUCCCCACUGCCCCGCGAUCACCUCAUCUGGUCCAUCUUCAACACCAUCUACAUGAACUUCUGCUGCCUCGGCUUCGUGGCGCUCGCCUUCUCCGUCAAGGCGCGGGACCGGAGGGUGGCCGGGGACGUGGAGGCCGCCCGGCGCCUCAGCUCCAAGGCCCGGUGCUACAACGUGCUGGCCACGGCGUGCAGCGUGGUGCUGCCGCUGGUGCUGGCCGCGCUGGCCAUCACCGGCGUCAUCCACCUCGCCCAGCUCGCCCAGGACUCCGUCGGCUUCUUCACGUACCAGUUCAGCGGCAGCGACGAUGAGGACAAGUGACUGGGGGGUGAAGCGCUUGUGGAGACCCCUUCGCGUAGCUGGUGGCCCCCCAGGACAGCCACUGGCCCAGGGUGGCCCAUGGUCAUGGCCACUGAGCUGGGGGGGCUCAGCCCCACAUUGCCCCUGCUGCACCAGCGCCCCCAGCCCCAUGGCACCCAGCCCCACAGCUUGGUUUCACCUGCCUUUACCCUGUGUGCACACCCAGCAUCCCCCUCCUCGGGCAGCACUGUUCAAACCAUUAAACCAUCUCACACUCCA